AUGGCGAAUGUAAUCGAUCAGGAUCAGCAGUGGCUACUCAACUGUCUCUCUGCCACUCUCGACCCUAACCCGGAGGUCCGUAACUUCGCAGAGACUUCUCUCAAUCAGGCCUCUCUUCAGCCAGGAUUUGGAGGGGCGCUAUCAAGGGUUGCAGCAAACAGGGAUCUCUCACUGGGAUUGCGACAGAUAUCCUCUCUUACUGCAGUCCUUUUAAAGCAAUUCAUUCGGAAACACUGGGAAGGAGAUGAGGAUGUUACAAUAUCUGUGGAAGAAAAGGGAGUUAUACGUAGGAACCUUCUAGCUUCGACAGAUGACUCUCAUCGGAAAAUCUGCACAGCAAUUAGUAUGGCCAUAGCAUCGAUAGCUGCUUAUGACUGGCCUGAAAAUUGGCCUGAACUUUUACCCUCACUUCUUACUCUCAUCAAAGAUCAAAGUAAUAUGACCAGAGUGCAGGGAGCUCUAAGAUGCUUGGCUCUUCUUUCUGCCGAUCUGGAUGAUACAGUGGUGCCAACGUUAAUACCUGUGCUAUUCCCAAGCUUGCAUACAAUUGUGUCAUCUUCUCAGACUUAUAACAUGUAUCUACGCUCCAAAGCACUCUCUAUCGUUUACUCAUGCGUCUCGGUGAUCGGGGUUAUGAGUGGUGUAUAUAAGAAGGAAACCAUGGCACUGAUGGCACCAAUGCUUAAGCCAUGGAUGGAUCAGUUCGCUAUUAUCUUAGGACAGCCUUUGCAACCUGAGGAUCCUGAUGAUUGGAGCAUGAGGAUGGAGGUGCUGAAAUGCUUGAAUCAGUUGGUUCAAAAUUUUCAAACUCUUGCUGAAGGUGAAUUUAUGAUUGUUGUGGAGCCUUUGUGGCAAACAUUUGUCAGUGCCGUGGGAGUAUAUAGGCGCUCAUCCAUUGAUGGAGCGGAUGAUUCAUUUGAAGGUAAUUAUGACUCUGAUGGUGCAGACAAAAGUCUCGAUUCAUUUGUCAUUCAGCUUUUAGAGUUUCUCUUAACCAUUGUGGGCAGUGCAAGGCUAAGAAAGGUUGUUCUGAGUAAUGUUAAGCAGUUGGUAUAUCAUACAGUAGCACUUCUUCAAAUGACUGAGCAACAGGUUCAUACAUGGUCAAUGGAUGCUAAUCAAUUUGUGGCUGAUGAGGAUGACGAGACUUAUAGUUGUCGUGUUUCUGGUGCCCUUUUACUGGAAGAGGUGAUAAAUUCUUGUGGUGUAGAAGGGAUCAAUGCGAUUAUAGAUGCUACGAGAGAAAGGUUCAGCGAGUCCCAACAAGAACAGGCCGCUGGUUCAGCAGUGUGGUGGAGAAUUAGGGAGGCAGCACUAUAUGCUUUGGCUUCUGUCUCAGAUCAGCUGCUCGAAGCUGAGGGUUCGGGGGGUACCAACAUUUGCUUAGGAAAGCUUAUAGAGUCGCUUGUUGCUGAAGACAUUAGAAUUGGGCCGCAUGAAUAUCCCUUUCUUUGUGCCCGUGUUCUUACGUUGGUCGCUAAAUUCUCCCCUGUGAUCAGCCACACGGUCCUUCAGCAAUUUCUUUAUGCUGCAAUGAAAGCUGUUGGCAUGGAUGUGCCCCCACCUGUGAAGGUAGGUGCUUGCCGAGCGCUUUCUCAGCUUCUGCCUGAAGCUAACAGAGAAGUUGUCCAACCUCAACUAAUUGGUUUAUUAUCAUCCCUUAAAGAUUUACUUCAACAGGCAUCUGAUGAAACUCUACACCUUGUCCUUGAAACACUACAAGCUGCAAUUAAGUCAGGUGCCGAAGUAACUGGGCCAAUUGAGUCUAUCAUCUCGCCUGUGAUUCUUAAUGUGUGGGCGUCACAUAUUUCUGAUCCUUUUAUUGGUAUUGACGCGAUUGAAGUUUUGGAGGCAAUUAAGAAUGCACCUGGUGGUAUUCAUCCAUUGGUUUCUCGAGUUCUGCCUCAUGUGGGGCCAAUUUUGAACAAGCCACGAGAGCAGCCCGAUGGUUUGGUAGCUGGAUCACUUGAUCUGGUGACCAUGCUACUGAAGAAUUCUCCAAUGGAUGUUGUGAGGGUAUUAUAUGAUGUUUGCUUCGACGCUGUAACUAGGAUUGUUCUUCAGAACGAUGACCAUAGUGAACUGCAGAAUGCAACCCAGUGUUUGGCUGCAUUUAUAUCUGGGGGAAGGCAGGAAGUUCUUGCUUGGGCUGCUGAUUCUGGAUUUGCGAUGAGAAGUUUGCUUGAUGUAGCUUCAAGGCUUCUUGAUCCCAAUCUUGAUAGCUCCGGUUCUCUUUUUGUGGGGAAUUACAUUUUGCAACUUAUUUUGCAUCUACCACUGCAAAUGGCACAACAUACCCCGGAUCUUAUUGCUGCUCUUGUUAGAAGAAUGCAGUCUGCUCAAAUAGCUGGAUUGAGAAGUUCAUUGAUAGUUCUUUUUGCUAGAUUGGUCCACAUGAGUGCCCCAAAUGUGGAACAGUUUAUUGAUUUGCUUGUUAGUAUCCCAGCUGCGGACCACGAUAAUGCCUUUGUUUAUGUCAUGUCAGAAUGGACAAAGCAACAAGGAGAGAUUCAGGGAGCCUAUCAGAUUAAGGUGACAACCAGUGCUUUGGCUUUGUUGCUCUCCACCAGGCACCCUCAGCUUGGAAAAGUGAAUGUGCAAGGCCAUCUAAUCAAGUCUACAGAAGGGAUAACUACACGCUCAAAGGCUAAAGUGACCCCUGAGAAAUGGACCGUGGUGCCACUACCUUUCAAGAUAGCGUCUUUACUGGCAGACACACUUCUUGAAAUGCAUGAACAAGUUCAGUUUGAUGAUGAUGAGGAGAACGAGUGGGAAGAAAUUGAAGAAGAGGACAAGGAUGGGGACAAAGAUUUACUGUAUUCAGCUGCUGCUGGUCUAUCAUCUGGAAGAGCCACAUAUGACCAACUUGAAGCCAUGGCAAAAGUUUUUGACGGGGAUCAAGAUGAUGAAGAUGAUGAAGAGCUAUUAAGCGCUGGAGAUCCGUUAAACCAGAUUAAUGUGGCAUCUUACCUCGGCGACUUCUUUACAAAGUUGUGGAAGGAGGACAGGCAGCUGUUUAACCAUUUGUGCCAGAACUUGACGCAAGAUCAAGUGCAGGCUAUUCAGACAGUAGUGGUACAUAGCUGA